GGCAAGCGCCCCUCUAGAAGAUUGGGCACAAUGGUGACAGGAGCAUCGCGAUUGGUCGUCCGCAAUGCAGAGGCGGAGCCUGAUUCCUGCAACUGGGCCUCAGAGACACCACCAAAGCGAGAGAAGCUGCACCUGGGGGCGAUGGCUACAUCAAGCCUUGGGUCCCACGAGAUCCUGGCCCACUCCCUGGAGACUGGACACAAGUCCAUUUCCUCAGUGAGCCGCCGUGGUCUUCUUUGGCACCUCCGACCCAGGCAGUCUAGAGUUGGCUUGUUUGAGAUCGGUCCAGGACAUGAACUGCAUAGAAUGACACGGAUGAUGCAGGAAGGGCUGUGGGCUGCCACUCAAGUCUCCAGGAACAACCCACCCAAGGGACCUCCUACUCAGAAGGAUUUCCUGGAAGUCAUGACCCAAGUUCACCAAGAGGGCUUCGAGCUGGGCACUCUGGCUGGCCCAGCUUUUGCACGGCUGAGGCAAUCCAUUGGCCUGACUGAAGAGGACUACCAGGCUACUCUUGGCCCUGGGGACCCCUACCUUCAAUUCUUCAGCACCUCCAAGAGCAAGGCCAGCUUCUUCCUGACCCACGACCAGCGCUUCUUUGUGAAGACCCAACGGCGGCAGGAAGUGCAAGUGCUGCUCGCCCACCUGCCACGCUACGUGCAGCACCUGCAGAAGCACCCACACUCCCUGCUGGCACGGUUGCUGGGAGUAUACAGUCUGCGGGUGGCUCGGGGGAAAAAGAAGUACUUCAUCAUCAUGCAGUGCAUCUUCUACCCUACCAGCCGCAUCUCUGAGAGGUACGACAUCAAAGGCUGCGAGGUAAGCCGCUGGGUGGAUCCAGCCCCUGAGGGCAGCCCCCUUGUCUUGGUGCUAAAGGACCUCAACUUUCAAGAAAGAACCAUAAGACUGGGAGCCCAGCGGAGCUGGUUCCUCCGACAGAUGGAGCUAGACACCGCCUUCCUUCGGGAACUAAACGUGCUGGAUUACAGCCUCCUGGUGGCCAUCCAGUUUCUCCACAAAGAGGAGACGGACAAUUACAACUGCAUCUUCAGCACAUUCAGGUCCUUAAAAGGUGCGCCGGAAACGGAAGGCCAAAACCGCCGGAUGCUGCCCAACCUCCCCAAUGCCCUCCAUAUCUUGGACGGGCCAGACCAACGCUAUUUUUUGGGCUUGGUGGAUCUGACUACCGUCUAUGGAUUUCGAAAACGGCUGGAACAUCUGUGGAAGAUGAUGCGCUAUCCAGGCCAGAGCAUCUCCACUGUCAGCCCGGCUCACUACGCCCGCCGCCUCUGUCGGUGGGCGGAGGCGCACACUGAGUGACUCUCACCUCUCUGCCUUCUUCCCAUCUGGACAAAGCGCUCGCAACAAGUUUCCAGCUGUACCCAGGGAGCUAGCCUGCAGUUCAUCCUAUCAGCCACAAGAGGGCAGCACCCUCAUAACUAAUGCUGUGAAGACUCACCCCCCCCCCAUUCGGUGACGGUGCUGUACCCUGCCUAGAGCAAGUACCCCGACCCCAAUCCCUACCCUUAACUCGAUUACUAUUAAAAAAUGUUGAUAUUCUCUUUUUACAGACCAC